GCUUUCUGAGAGGAUGUCCCGCCUGAACACUUGAACCCUCGGCAUCGCGUCGGGACACUGGAAUGGUGUCGGACAAUGGAAGCGGACGACGUGUCGGUUAGGGAGCAACUUUUCCACAACCGCGUCCGGGAGACCAUUAUCUGUGUGCUCCUGUUCUCAUGCCUUUACAUGGUGUCCUACCUCAUCCUCACACACUUCAGGAAGAAUGCCGAGUUUGUCACAGAUGACACUGAAGAUGCCACAGUCAACAAGAUUGCGCUGUGGUUGUGCACGUUCACGCUGUCUGUCGCAGUGUGUGCUGUGCUCCUUCUCCCAAUGUCCAUCCUGUCCAAUGAGGUGCUGCUCACCUUCCCACAGAGCUACUACAUGCAGUGGCUCAAUGGAUCUCUCAUUCGUGGACUGUGGAACCUAGUUUUUCUUUUCUCCAACCUGUCCCUGGUCUUCCUCAUGCCCUUCGCCUACUUCUUCACGGAGUCUGAGGGCUUCGCGGGGUCUAAAAAGGGAGUCAUGGCUCGGGUGUAUGAAGCCGUCGUGCUGCUGCUGCUGCUGGCUCUCCUUGUGCUGGGCAUUGUGUGGGUGGCAUCUGCUCUCCUCCAUGACAACAUGGCCCGGAAGAGCCUGUACGACCUGUGGGAGUAUUACCUUCCCUACCUGUACUCGGGCAUCUCUCUGUUUGGAGUGCUGCUGCUUUUGUUGUGCACGCCGUUCGGCUUGUCUCGAAUGUUCAGCGUGACGGGCAGCCUGCUGGUCAAACCGCGGCUGCUGGAAGAUGUAGAAGACACACUGAGCUGCACCACGUUUGAGGAGGAUUCGCUCUCCAGGAAGCUCAACUGUGGCAGUACAUCAUGCUGGGUCAGGCUGAACAUUGAGGCUAUGAAAAAGGAAUAUCAGACGGUGCGGAGCAAGCGGGUCGCUCUGGAGGCGCGCACGAAGGCAUCCCCAUGGCAGAGGAACCUGGGAUACCCUCUGGCGAUGCUCAUGCUGCUCGCUCUCACGGUGAUGUGUGUACUGAUGGUGUGUUUCAACGUGUUGGAGUUGCUGCUGGAUGAAACGGCAAUGCCCCGAGGAAUGGAGGACCCUCACCUGGGCAUGGCCUCCUUCUCCAUGUUCGGCUCACUGGGGGCUGCUGUUCAAGUGGUGCUCAUCUUCUACCUGAUGGUGUCUUCAGUUGUGGGUUUUUAUAGUUCUCCUCUCUUCACUACUCUUCUGCCUCGUGCCCAAGACACCAACCUCACACAGAUUAUUGCAAACUGUGUUUCACUGCUUAUCCUGAGCUCUGCACUGCCGGUGUUUUCACGCACUCUUGGGAUCACUCGCUUUGAUCUGCUGGGAGAUUUCGGUCGCUACAACUGGCUGGGGAACUUCUACAUCGUCUUCAUGUACAACAUGCUGUUCGCUGGACUGACCUCCGCCUCCCUGAUAAAAACCGUCACCUGGGCGGUGCAGAGAGAGCUCAUCCGUGCCUUUGGUCUCCACAGACUGCCCUUAACCGUGUCGCGCUCCACCGUCCCCUUCAGACUCCUCCUGGCCAGUGGACUGUCUAAAAUCCAGUGACUUGCUUCCUCCUCGAUGCUGCCAGAGAAAGUGAGCCACAAGUGCACCUGUUGCAGGGCAGAUUCUGGCCACGGUGGGCUUUUCGUUUGACCUCAUAUGAAGAGACUGGACUGAGUGAGAUGUCCGCGCCGUGUCCCGAUUCUGUUUGAAGGCCAACGUAUGAGGGUCCAAGUCUGCGCCAAUAUUUGCGAAGGCGAGUGUUGGCACAUACAUUGAGUCAUGGAUGUAUGUCUGGAACAGGAGGAAAAGGGAUUUCUGUACCAUGCUGAACAGUCCUUUUUUUUUUUUUUUUUUUUUUUUUUUUUUUUUUAAGAAAGAGGAUCCAUGAUCAGCAGAUUUAUUUUUGUAAUAUUGCUUUGUAACUGUGAUGUAAUUUCCUCCUUCAGGUCGAUGAGUGCUCUCUCUUUCUGAUGCGGCCUCCCUACUCCUUCCGCUUAGGUUAGACCACUAUUUUAAGAUCGGGAAUCGUCUGCUUCCACGCGUUUGGUUGUCCGGUUUGCAGCAGUGCAAUGCUGGUUAAUAGGAGGAUGUUGUUUUUGGAGCCAAAUGGGACACAGAGUACUUUGGUUCUGGGUCCCAGUGCAGGUUAUCCAGGGAAUACAAGACUAACGCCAUGGUCUCUGUGUUGAUGACAGUGAGUUUACUGGGUAGGAAAACUGGUGUAUGAUUUACUAAAAAAAAAAAAAAAAAAGAAGGAAAGCUUUACUCUUUGUUCUUCAAAGGACAUUUGUAUUCCAUGUGACAUCUCAAACUGAAGAUUUUGCCUUCAAUCAAUCAAACUGUGAAUCAUAAAGAUAUGGGGGAAAGUGCAAUAUCUUAAGUAAAAGCACACUUUUUUUCACCUUUACCAAAAGCCAUUUUUGUAUUUUUCUUCUUUUUGUCAAUCUUUAGACAUUAGUGAUUU